UCAUUUUGCUUCACUCUAAUACACUAAACUAGAAGCUUCUCUCUAAAACUCACAUGCAGUGGAUCGGAAAAAGUUCCACUGCUGUUUUCAUCUCCAAAGCUAAGGCGAAAAUAUUAGAAUUUUUCAUCUAAAAGCUCCCAAGCUAACUUCAUGCUUCUCUCCAAGCGAUUUUUUUCGAAGUAGAGUACUACGGAUCCAAAAGAUUUCAUUUCAAUCUACCAAAAUCAAGUUCUAGUUUGCAUCUUCUCAUGGGUCGCAAUAAGAUUGUGAUGAAGAAAAUUGAGGAUUCAACAUCCCGUAAACAGUUCUAUUCAAAUCGCAAGGAUAGCAUUGUGAAGAAGUCAAAUGAGCUGGCGGUUGUAUGUGGUACAGAUGUGGGGUUGUUGAUGUUUUCUCCAUCUGGUCAGCUGACUACCUAUUCUAGCAAAGAAAGUAUUGAGGACAUCAUGAUCGAAGCUAUGAACAAGUCUGUGAAUCCGCGACCCAUACCAAAUCUAAAUGAACAGCUUUUGAUGCAGAGUCUCAAACAGUCAAAAUCUGAAGGCCAAAUGGUUGGAAAAAUAGCUAUUGCUGAGGCUCAUGAGAAGAAGCUUAAUGAGCUCAAAGAAACACUAAGGGAGGCACAACAGAAAAUAAGGUAUUGCAAUCCGCAAGUGGAGAAUAUCAGCUCAGUCCAAGAAGCUGAAGCAUAUGAGCAGUUCCUUAGGAGUAAUAUGGAACAGAUUCAACAAUCAAAAGCAAAACUCUUAGGUGUCCAAGGAUUAGUCCAUAGAAAUGAAUAUCCUGCGGUCAACACAGAGGAUACGGCUGCUGCAGGAACCAGUAGUGGAUGGAUGUUUUGAGGAAUCAGGCCGGAUCGCGGUGGAGAAGUAGCUGCGGGUGUCCAACAGCUGCAGCAGAAAUAUAAUUAUGUUAUAUUAAGAACUUAGUAGAAUAAAUAACUUGCACCAAUCAAGCAUGCAAAAGUAUGAAUAAUGUUGCAUCUGACUAUUGUGAAUUCAACUUUUAGAAUAUGGCAUCAAAACAUAGGUAUUGUGUUUUGAAAUAGAAAACAGUUUGGUUUUUG